GCCACGGCAACUGGCCAAGACUUCUGAGCACUAGCUGACUUCUUUCUCUGCAGCUAUGGAUGACAGUCUCUGCCCCCUUUCCUUGGGUUCUUCAGUGGCCAUAGAAGUGCUGGAGAAGCUCUUUAAAGUUGAAAAAGCUCUGAAAAAUGAAACUUUUGAAUUCAACCAAGAAGCUAAGACUACUCUUGAGGAAAUUGCUGAAGCAGUUAAAAAAUUGGAAUGUAUGAGGAAAACCACAAUUGAUCUUCUAGAAAUUGAAAGCAUAGAAGCCAGCAGACUCCGUUUUCUGUUAAUCCAUCUUCCAGGAAACAUUUCCAAGGAAAUAGAAGAUGCUGUUAUUGCUGCCCGUGUAACAAAUGCAGAGGAGAUAAAUAGUUUAAAUAAUGCAAUUGAAACUGUCAACUUUGAAAUGGAGCUACUGAACGAAAGACUAACCAAUCUGGAAAAAAUGAAUAUAGAGUUGUGGGAAGAACAGGAAGAAUUAGCUGAUGAUCAUCAAAAAGCUGUACUUAUGGUUAACAUGAAGAUGAAAGAAAGAGCUGAAAAUGAUACUUCUACAAAAGAGAUAUAUGACAAGAAAAAAGUUGAUGAAGAAAAAAUUGACCACUAUCAAGAUCUAUUGCACACAAUAAAUACUGAACUGACUGAAGAAAGGGACAUAUUUGUAACGAAAAAAGAAAGUUUAGAGAAAAAGAUUGCUGAACUUAAACAACUAAAAGAUGAUGAAAUUAAGUGCACUCUUAAAAAGAAGAGACAAUUGUCCCAGAUGGUUACUGAAAUAGCAAAAAUAAAGGAGGAAUUCAAGCGCAGACAAGGGGCAAUGAAGGAACAAGAUGUGGCACGAGACGAGCUGGAAGAGGGACUGAAAAGGUUGCAAAAAGAGUUGCAAAUACAAUUAAAACAACCAGAGCAACUGGUGACUAAGAGGACUGAUUAUGACAAUGCCCUUGUGGAUCUAGUAGAAUCAUCUAAAAUGAAACAAAAAGACCUUAUUGAUAAGAUAAGACAGGCUACAGAAAAAUUCUCAAAAAUAAAGGCACGACAUACUGAUCUUAAAGGAAAAAAUAAAAUUCUUAAUGGACAUCUUAAAGCUGCUCAACUAGAAGAACAUGAAUAUUAUAUAAAAGAGCGGAAUUCUAGAGACUUAGUUGACAAAAUAGAAUUACUUAUCGCUGAGAAAAAAGCUCUCUUAAGCAAAAAACUAAUGGAUACCGAAGCCCUAGAAGAGGCAAUAGAAAAUCUCAAGCACCUAUAUCGAACAACAAUAGAAUCCUAUCGUAAACAAAUAGCAUUUCUGAAAGGAAAUUGGAUGUCAGAAAGCCAAAAAAGCAUUAAGAAUCAGUGGAAAGUAAUCAAUUUUCAAAAAGAGCAUGAGCGCUGGAGGAAAACAGAACAUGAUGACGUAGAAGAACUCAUCAAAAGAGUUGAAUAUAUUGAACAGAAGCGAGCUGAAAUAUAUGAAGAGGGUAUUUUCUGUGAUGAAACAAUCUUUAAACAUGAAGAAAAGAUAGAAGAACUUAGUGAAGCAGUAAAAGAAGAAGAGGAAAUAUUUUCACAAAUUGAGCAUGGUGUCACCGAGGAAUUAAAAGUAAUUGAGGAUGAAUAUAUUAUAGAAACUGAACAAACCAAAGUAAGGGAAGAUGAAUGGGAUGAGUACUUUCCCAAACUAAAAGCUGUUAAGGAUGAAUAUGAAGAAAAUAUCAAAGAAUUUGAAAGCCUCAAAAGUGAAAUAUCAGCACAGACUCGUGAACAUCUUUCAUUGGAGCGUGGCAUUGACUUGAUGAGAAAGGAAACAAUAACAUACCAAAAAGAGAGGGAACAUAUAAAGAAUUUAUUGAAGAAAGGCCGAAAUAAGGAAUUUGCCUUCAUGAGAAAUCAUCUGGACUCUAUGUAUACUUCAGAAAAAAAUAUUUAUGAAGUAGAACAACACCUGAAACUUUUAGUUCUGGAAAACUAUCGACUAAAAAAGGCUAUUAGACUAGUGAAAGAAGAUAUAAAUUAUCUUACAAAGGAAGGACAAGGAUAUAAGUUUACAGUAAAAAAAUUGGAAACUGAAGUGCAAAAUCUUCGAGACGUGUUUUUGAAUAUGUGGAAGGAAACUCUGAAGGAAGUAAAGAAAUUUAAAGAAAAAAAUAUGAUUACUCUGGAUGAAACUGAAAAGUUGAUAAGAUAUCUUUAUUUGAGAGAAGAGAGAUUGAAAGUCAUUUGUGGUUGGCUCAGACGGAAUGCUGAUAAUCUGGAAUACAUAAUUGAUUAUAAGGAAUCAACCACUAUCAUUGACAUUGUAAAGACUGAUGAAGGAAAGAAAAAGAAGAAAAGCUCCCAAACUGGAAAAAAACAAGAUAUAAACUGUCAUUGAUGUGAAAGUCAUUUCUUAAUCAACAGACUGUAUAUAAUCAACCUUUGACUCAAAAGACCAUAAGAAUUAAGAGCUAGAAGAAAACAAGGAAUCCAUCAAGCCUAAUUCUUUCCUUUUAUACUGGAGGAAACUGAAGUCUAGGAAUGUCAAGUUAGAGCAAAGAUUCAAAUUAACAUAAAUUUUAAAGAAUAAAAAUAAGAAAAAUGUUAUAUGAUUAAAAGUAUUAUAACUUAAGUUCAAGUAACCAGAUUUAGACCAAUCUUACACCGUAUUAAUAAAAGAUGUGGCAAAAACAACUGCUGACUCAUUU